AUGCUAUCAAGAUUACGGAGAAGGAACUCUUCAGACAGUGAUGUCACGAUUUCCGGUCGAGAUGCCGGAUCUCAGAGGACCAAAUCCAGACGUCCCCCCAACACAGCUUUCAGACAACAGAGACUAAAGGCGUGGCAGCCGAUACUCGCUCCGCGUACAGUUUUGCCGCUUUUGUGCUUGAUUUUCUUGAUAUGUGGGCCAAUAGGUGCCGGAUUCAUGUACACCACAUACGGUGUUGAAGUGGUGGAGGUGAACUACUCCAAGUGUGAAUCCAUAGCCAGUUCGGAUUCCUUCACUGAUAUCCCUUCGAAAUACUACUCCAAUCACUUCAAAAAGUCCAUUUCCACGAAACCUAGCUGGAAACUAAAGACUGACGACGACACCACAACAUGCCAGGUGAGAUUCCAGAUCCCAAACGACAUAUCUCCUCCUUUGUUCCUGUAUUAUAAGCUGACGGAUUUCUACCAGAACCACCGCAAAUACGUGUCUUCUUAUGAUUGGAAUCAAUUGAAGGGAGAAGCUGUUGAAUACGAUGAUCUGGAUUCAGACUGCAAGCCUUUGCGAUACAGAGAUGACAAAGUGGUGUAUCCAUGUGGACUGGUUGCGAACUCCCUUUUCAACGAUACUUUCUCGUCGCUGCAAAGCGUUGAUGGUGACGACACCUACGAGAUGAGCCAGAAGGGAAUUGCGUGGAAUUCGGACAUACACAAGUACAAAAAGACACACUAUAACGCCAGUUCGAUCGUACCCCCAGAGAAUUGGGCCAAGAAGUACCCGGACGGAUACACCGAUGACAACAUCCCCGACCUGUCCCAGGACGAAUUGUUUAUGAAUUGGAUGAGGACUGCUGCGUUGCCAAAUUUUAUGAAGUUGGCUGGCAAAAACACCUCUUCAACGCUGCAAUCAGGAACCUACCAGGUGGACAUAGAGCUGAACUACCCGGUGACCAUCUUUGGUGGCACCAAGUCGUUCGUGAUAUCCACGAGCAGUGUUCUGGGUGGAAGACAUAUAAGUUUGGCGGUGUGUUAUUUGAUUGUGGCUGGCAUUUCGCUGUUCUUUCUGAUAGCCUUCUUCCUCAAACAGGUGUUGAGCAAGCGGAAGAUCGACACGCAUCGGUAUUUGUUGACUGAGGAGAGGCGUGAGGCGUUAUAG